AUAUUGCAACGGUGUAGACCUAAACUGCGGCUGUCCACAGCGUUGGGCCAUGCAAGAAGGCCUGGGAGCUGAUUUAUUGAGAAAACCAGAGCUCGUCAAGGAUUUGGUGUAUCAAGUCAGAAAUCGCAUUCCACGACCGUUCACCGUUUCCGCGAAGAUACGUCUGUUGAAGGAUAUACGUCAGACGGUAACGUUGUGCCAGACUUUGGAGAAGACCGGCGCUUCGUUCUUGACGAUUCACGCGAGGACUCCCGAAAUGCGUAAUGACCCGAUCGACCUGGAUAAUCUCAAGCUUCUCAGAGAUCACGUGCAAUUGCCCCUCGUGGCGAACGGCGACGCGAAGAGCCUGGAGAGCGCGGAAUUCUUAUUCAAAGAGUCCGGAUGCGAGGGAGUGAUGUCCGCCAGGGGUAUCUUAACUAACCCGGCGUUAUUCGCGGGGCAUUCCACCACUCCUCUCGACUGCGUUCAAGACUGGUUGGACAUCACG